GCUCAUCAAUAAGCUGUAUCAGCCCAUCACGAAUCAUAUUGCAGAGAGCGAGAGCAGGACAGCCAGACUUCUAGUGCAUCAUCUCUGUGUGGGUGUGUGAGUGUGUUGGCGAGGGAGGAGGGGUGUGUCCUAGCGGGGAGCUUUUCUCUGUUGUAGUAACCAACUGCCAGCCUUUACUUCACUGCAGCAGGAGUCAGCCCCUUCAUUCUUAGUGAGCCAGACACACUAACCUGCCUGUCCCCUCCUCCUUUCUGCUCUCCUCCUGCAUAUUCAGCAGAGCUGCCCUCUUCUCCUCUUCAUCACUAUACCACUCCUGCAGCAUUGCUCUUUGCUUGAAGGGGACGUUGGCCUGCUCCUCGGCCGCUGAUUCUGCAUGACUGUCACAAAGCUGACUUCUCUGUGCUGAUGCAGGCGCUUCUGGGCUUUUUUACCCCCGAGUAUGACUUACAAGGCAUUCUUUCUACUGGAGACCACCAGUGUUCAACCCGCUUAAGAUGUCAUGGCGUCCAACCUACCGAAGCUCCAAGUUUCGAAACGUUUAUGGGAAAGUAGCCAACAGGGAGCACUGCUUCGACGGCAUCCCUAUCACCAAGAAUGUCCAUGACAACCACUUCUGCGCCGUCAACUCCAAGUUCCUGGCUGUCGUCACAGAAAGUGCUGGCGGAGGCUCCUUUAUUGUUAUACCCGUUUCCCAGUCAGGCCGUCUGGACUCUCACCACCCAAAGGUGUGUGGUCACCAAGGAAAUGUGCUGGACAUCAAGUGGAAUCCCUUCUUUGAAAACAUCGUAGCAUCCUGCUCGGAGGACACCUCGGUUAGAAUAUGGGAGAUCCCAGACGGUGGCUUGCGGCGCAACAUGAUGGAGGCAGUGCUGGAGUUGUACGGCCACAGCCGACGGGUGGGUCUGGUUGAGUGGCACCCAACCAGCAGUGGCAUCCUCUUCAGUGCUGGCUAUGAUUAUAAGAUCCUGAUCUGGAACCUGGAGAUCGGAGAGCCAGUGAAAAUGAUUGACUGCCACACCGACGUCAUCCUCAGCAUGUCCUUUAACACAGACGGCAGCCUGCUGGCCACCAGCUGCAAAGACAAGAUGCUGAGAGUCAUCGAGCCACGCUCUGGGAGAGUCCUACAGCAAGCCAGUUACAAGAACCACCGCGUGAACCGAGUUGUCUUCCUGGGUAACAUGAAGCGGUUGCUCACCACAGGGGUUUCUCGCUGGAACACCCGGCAGAUUGCUCUGUGGGAUCAGGAGGACUUGUCCAUGCCUAUUGUGGAGGAGGACAUAGAUGGACUAUCAGGACUGUUGUUUCCUUUCUAUGAUGCUGACACACACAUGCUGUACCUGGCAGGCAAGGGGGAUGGAAACAUCCGUUACUUUGAAAUCACCACCGAGAAGCCAUACAUCCAGUAUCUGAUGGAGUUCAGGUCGCCGGCCCCACAAAAAGGACUAGGUGUGAUGCCAAAGCAUGGGCUGGAUGUGGCGGCAUGUGAGGUCUUCCGCUUCUACAAACUGGUCACUCUGAAGGGUUUGAUUGAGCCCAUCUCCAUGAUUGUGCCUCGGCGGUCAGAUACGUACCAGGAGGACAUUUACCCGAUGACGUCUGGAACUGAACCCGCCCUGUCAGCCAGCGAGUGGCUGAGCGGGAUCAACAGAGACCCGGUUCUAAUGUCCUUGAAGGAGGGUUAUCAUCGGCCAAACCAGCUGGUGUUCAAGGCUCCAGUGAAGGAAAAGAAGAGUGCUGUGGUGAAUGGGAUCGACCUGCUGGAGAACGUUCCACCCAGGACAGAGAAUGAGCUUCUGCGGAUGUUCUUCCGGCAGCAAGAUGAGCUGCGGCGGCUGAAAGAGGAGCUGACGACGAAGGAUGUGCGAAUACGCCAGCUGGAGCUGGAACUCAACAACCUGAAGAAUGUUAGUCCCAACAACGUUUGACCUCUGAGCCUCCUGAACUGGCAAUGCUGCUUUCGUUUACUCCCGAUUCUGACCUCCAACCAGCUUUUGAGUCUCAAACACCUAGCUUUUUAUAAAAAAUAUACCACAAUCCUAACAACGUUCUGGCUGCGCUACACUACGUUAACCUGUUGGAACCUAGUGCAGCCGCUAGUGUAUUGUAGUAGUAUUAAUAACAAGUACUGAAGAAAAGGCAGAUCAGGCAUUUCCUGUUUAACGUUUGAUUGAUGACAUUUCCUGUUUAUUAUACCGUUGGGUGUGUCUGGUGUCAUGACCACAAACCUGAGCAUGUGUGUCACUAAGCUGCCCUGUUCACACGUGGCAAUGCCUUGAUGACAAUGCAAAAACACCCCAGACAUGUGCUUUAGUACCAACCACAUCACCUCUGGAUUAUUAUGUCAUGCUAAAAGCAAAGCUGGAACAUAAAAAGACUGGCUCCUAACUAUUUCCCUCCAAAGCCUUAGAGCGUGCUGCACCAUCACCUCAGAGAGGCAGGCGGGGCGUGGUUCUGCACCGGACAGCUGAGGACACCUUUGCAGAUGUGGAUCUUGUUAUUUUCUUUUUCCCCACCCACAAAUGUUGGCCGUGAACUGACUCUGCAACAUUAACGCAAAACCCUCCAAAUGCAGUCUUUUACCAAGAAGCGCGGAUAGUUAGCUUGUUUUUAUUAUCCUGUACUUAAAAAACGUGAAAGUAGCAUCAGCUCACAGAUGGUGGACUUGUGUUAUCCAAAUCUGAUCUGAAGGGAGGCAUUGUUGCCAUUUUUAGGGCUGAUUUAGAGAAUUCGAGGUCAUGUACAUUUUGCUUCUAUUUAUUUUGACACUUUACAUUUUUAACUAAUAACUUGCAUAUUUCUAAAUCCUGUUGUUUUGGUAAGACAUGGCUGCUUGAGUAAUGAUUGUGUUGCUCAGUAGAUGAUGUAAAAUUUGUGUGGAACAGCACAGUAAAUGGUAAUGUUUCCUGGAUUCAAACAUCAAAACUUCAAUUAAGUUAUGAAGUUGUUAUUAUUGCCUAUUUCUAGCAUUACAAACUGUAAUAAUAAUUGUUGUUUUAAGUAUUUUGCAAUACUGAAAUGUGGAUAACCUCUGAUUAGUGGUUUUGUAUGAAAGGUUUCUGGUUAUUUGCCUCUACUUCACAUGUACCUUUUGAUAAAUUAUGGUUUAAAUGAUUCUUUUUUUACAUUUAAGUGUAGAGGGCUUAAUUAGCACCAUAUUAACAGCUGGGUUUUCAAUGCAGGCCUAAUUACAUGCAUUCUUUCCUGAUCUUUUAUUUGGCUCCCUGCAAUCCAAGGCUGGAGAAAAGAAUCCACUAAAGGCCUUGCAAGAAGAUAAUUUGUAAGUAAAACUGUAAAGACUGAAGAUCACAAGUUUUCCUUUUUACAUAAAAGGAGAAUUAAAGAGCGUUUCUGUGUAAAAAUAAUAAAAGUUAUGAUUGUACAUGGCUUCCUGAACAGCCUCAGUUUGGAGACAUAUUGUUUGUAUGACUAGACUGAUAAGCUAAUGGCUAGUCUGGGUGCAGCCAUUAUAAAACCACUCAGCUGGUCCCUAAAAUAACCUUUUACACAAUUUACAACUGUAAAUGUUGCUAGCAGCAAAAGCCACAUCUCCAGCGCAUCUACAAGUGAAAGCAAACAGAAGUUCCUCAUAUUUCUACCCAGAUUAACAUUUAAUGUUAAACUGACUACAUGAGGGUUAAUACAAUGUUUGAAUGAACUGCUAGGAAGUAUUAGGGAUUUGAGCUGUUUUACAGGAAGCUGUCUACAACAGGCAUGAUUUAUAACCUUUACACAGAAACACACUUCAGAAUGACCAAAAUGUCUCCUUGAUGUCACGCUUAAGAGAAAAUCGGGAAAAACAAGCAUGUGAUUUUAAUGCAGAUAAAUGAUCAAAGUAAAUGUGUAUUUUUUUCAGGAAGUUAAAUAAAGGCUAAAGAAAAAGUAGGCAGCAGGAAAAAGGGUUUCCCCGACUGAUGUGUUUCAGUGAGAAACAGGAAGUUGCAGCGGAAGAACCUGUCAUGUUGGAAGAACAAAUGGAAAUGUGAGAUAAUUUGAAAGAAAUGCCAUUAAAAUUAUUCAAACUGCUUUUGAA